AACGCGUUCCAUAAGACUCGCCUCAUUGUCCCUCCCAAACCCAUCUCUCUCCCCAACGAACUGUACUUAAAUUGACCACUCACACAAACUAACAAAAAGAAGAAGCAACUCAUCCAAAUUCUCCACAUCUUCACCUUCACCACACACUCAUCUCUGAUUCUUCUUCAUCUACAAUUUUAUCUCAAUUCUUGUCUCCUUCCCUCUCUAAUUCCUCUUAUUAUCAUUCACUACAUUCAUCAAUUCAUUCAAACCCUCAUUUCUUCUUGAAAUCCAAAAAAAAAAGUCGUGAAAUGGACGAAACGACGUCGUCAUCGGUCGGUUUAACCCUAGGCGGAAUCCUAUCGAUCAAACAAACGCCGCCGUACCGGAUUCAUGCUCGGACGCUUCUAGAUCUUAUCCGUGAUGAUCAGACUUGCGGAAAGGAGUCCAAGAACACGUGGAAGAAGAUGUUCAGAGAGAAACUCCGGUUCAAACACUCCGGCUCCGCCGUUUCAUCCGCCGUUGCUCCUCAUGCGCACGUUAGCACCGACCGAUCGGUUUCAGUUUCAGAUUCACCGCCGGUGAAUGAUAACAUAAUUAGCGUACCGGACACGCAACCUGUGGUUCAGGUUCAGGUUCUGCAAACUGAACCGCCGGUGGAGGUAACGGAGGUAGGUAGAGUUGCCGCCGGUGACGGAGGAGGAACGGCGGCGGUGAGGAUGUCGUUAAUGUCGUUGUUGGAAGUGGAGGCGUCUGCGUAUAUGAAUGAUGGCGGUGGAGAAGAAGAGGAGGAGGCGGUUGCGGUGGAAGAAUCCGGUGGUGGUGGUGGUGGUGGCAGUUAUAAUAACUGCUGCGUGUGCAUGGUAAGGCAUAAGGGUGCAGCGUUUAUCCCCUGUGGACACACGUUCUGUAGACUGUGUUCAAGAGAGCUUUUUGUUAAAAGAGCUAGUUGUCCGUUGUGUAAUAAUCUCAUUUUGGAAAUUCUUGAUAUUUUUUAGUUUUGAUAUAAAUAAAUGAAUAUAAAAUCAAGUUUAAUUUUCAGUUUUGUGUGUAAAAAAGGAUUUUAUUUUUGUUUAUAAAAAUGCAUUUAUUUUUUA